UCAGCUCCCAAAAGCAUGGACGUCUUCUCUCCGUCGCAGCUCUACUACGCGCCUCCGUCCCCGGACGCCCUCCGCCCGGGGGCCGACGACGACUCGGACGAGGACGAGCACGUCCGGGCCCCCGGCGCGCCGCCGCACCAGCCGGGCCGCUGCCUCCAGUGGGCCUGCAAGGCCUGCAAGCGCAAGUCCAGCUUCGUGGACCGCCGGCGCGCCGCCACCAUGCGGGAGCGCCGCCGCCUCAAGAAAGUCAACCACGCCUUCGAGGCCCUGCGCCGCUGCACCUCGGCCAACCCCGGCCAGCGCCUGCCCAAGGUGGAGAUCCUGCGCAACGCCAUCCAGUACAUCGAGAGCCUCCAGGAGCUCCUCCGAGAGCAGGUGGACCACUACUACAGCGGCUCCGAACCCGGGAGCCCGCUGUCCAGCUGCUCCGACGGCCUGACGGACGGCAACAGUCCGGCGUGGCCGCAGCUCAACUACGGCAGUACUUAUCCCUACGCAAAGAACGAGAGUUUUUCCGACAAGGCGGCGGGUGCGUCCAGCCUGCAGUGCCUGUCCAGCAUCGUGGACCGGCUGUCCACGCCCGAGCCGGGGCGCCGCCCCGCCCGGGCCGUCCCGUCGCCCGCCGGCUCGGCCGACUCGCAGCCGUGCACGCCGGGUAGCCCCGUCUACCACGUCCUGUGA